ACUCAUUUCAACAACACCACUACUAACAUGGCCACAUUCUCCUCCUCCUCCGUCGCCACCAUGACCGGAGCUGUCCCAGCCCAAGCCACCAUGGUGGCUCCAUUCACCGGCCUCAAGUCCACCGUCGCCUUUCCCACCACCAAAAAGGCCAAAACCGACUUCUCCACCCUUCCUAGCAAUGGCGGAAGAGUUCAGUGCAUGAAAGUAUGGCCACCAUUGGGAUUGAAGAAAUACGAGACCCUUUCGUACCUUCCCCCACUGUCCGAAGCCUCGUUGGCUAAGGAAGUCGACUACCUUCUCCGGAACAAGUGGGUCCCCUGUUUGGAGUUUGAGUUGGAGCAUGGCUUUGUGUACCGUGAGAACCACAAGUCACCAGGGUAUUACGAUGGAAGAUACUGGACAAUGUGGAAGUUGCCGAUGUUUGGGUGCACUGACUCGGCCCAGGUGUUGAAGGAGCUCGAAGAAUGCAAGAAGGAGUACCCUGGCGCAUUUAUUCGGAUUAUCGGAUUCGAUAACGUCCGUCAAGUCCAAUGCAUCAGUUUCAUUGCAUACAAGCCAAAAGGGUACUAAUUAAGCAACAAACGAAUAGUACCUUUUGGUUUUUGACCACUUUAUUAGCAUUUCAAUUACUUUUGAAAUAUUGUCGUGUUAAUUCUGUUUCAUAAUAAAUGACAUACAUUAAACCAACA